AUGGCCGAUCCACAGAACCCCGACUCCGAGAUGGCUGAUGUCGAGGAGCUCGACUUGCCAACAGGACCAUUGCCGCCAGAUCUCCCAACAGACAGGGGAGGAUUCGAAGGCUUCUCGGAUGCUCUGCAAGGUGCCUUGCCACGUGGAUGCAGUGCUGUUUGCUCGCUGUCGCCGGCGUUUGUGGUGGAUGAAGUGGAUUUCCCGGUUGAGGGCGAGAACAAGGUAGAAUCUGCGAAUGUGGUCACACGGACACUUGGAGGUGCUAGCGCGUGCUUUUCUGAGGGGGCUCGUGCACUUCAAUCUGCGCGCAUGUGUCGUGGUUGGUGA